CCCGGGGCCUCCCGGUCCCCGCCCUCGCGCCCCCUCCCCGCGCUGCGGCUGGCGCCCGCGCCCCGCCUGACGCUGCAGCUGGGCCGGCCACUCGCCAUUGGAUUAAAAAUAGCAGCGCCCGCCCGCUGCCCGCCCGGAGCGGAGCCCGAGCCCCAGCCCAGGAGCCGGCGGCCCGCUGCGCUCCGCCGUUCCGCGGCCAUGCAGCGCCGGGGCGCCCUGUUCAGCGUGCCGGGCGGCGGCAGGAAGAUGGCUGCAGGGGACCUGGGCGAGCUGCUGGUGCCCCACAUGCCCACGAUCCGCGUGCCCAGGUCGGGGGACCGUGUGUACAAGAACGAGUGCGCCUUCUCCUACGACUCCCCGAACUCUGAAGGCGGACUCUAUGUAUGCAUGAAUACAUUUUUGGCCUUUGGAAGGGAACAUGUUGAAAGACAUUUUCGAAAAACUGGACAGAGCGUGUACAUGCAUCUGAAAAGACACGUGAGAGAGAAGGUGAGAGGUGCAUCUGGUGGAGCUUUGCCGAAAAGGAGGAAUUCCAAGAUUUUUUUAGAUCUAGAUACUGAUGACGAUCUAAAUAGCGACGAUUACGAGUACGAAGAUGAAGCCAAACUUGUUAUAUUCCCAGACCACUAUGAAAUAGCCCUUCCAAAUAUUGAGGAGCUACCAGCCCUGGUCACGAUUGCUUGUGAUGCGGUUCUCAGCUCCAAGUCCCCGUACAGAAAGCAGGACCCAGACACCUGGGAAAACGAGCUGCCGGUGUCGAGAUACGCCAACAACCUGGCCCAGCUGGACAGUGGCGUGAGGAUCCCCCCCAGUGGCUGGAAGUGCGCCAGGUGUGAUCUCCGGGAGAACCUGUGGCUGAAUCUGACUGAUGGCUCUGUCCUGUGUGGGAAGUGGUUUUUUGACAGCUCAGGGGGCAAUGGGCAUGCGUUGGAGCAUUACAGAGACACAGGCUACCCGCUGGCCGUGAAGCUGGGCACCAUCACGCCUGACGGGGCAGAUGUCUAUUCUUUUCAAGAAGAGGAACCUGUUUUGGACCCUCAGUUGGCCAAACACUUAGCACAUUUUGGAAUUGAUAUGCUUCACAUGCAGGGGACAGAGAACAGGCUCCAGGACAACGACAUGAAGCCACGGAUCAGUGAGUGGGAAGUGAUCCAGGAGUCGGGGACGAAGCUGAAGCCCAUGUAUGGCCCCGGGUACACCGGCCUGAAGAACCUGGGUAACAGCUGCUACCUCAGCUCUGUCAUGCAGGCCAUCUUCAGCAUCCCAGAGUUCCAGAGAGCGUAUGUAGGAAACCUUCCAAGAAUAUUUGACUACUCACCACUAGAUCCAACGCAAGACUUCAACACACAGAUGACUAAGUUGGGACACGGCCUCCUCUCAGGCCAGUACUCAAAGCCACCCAUGAAAUCCGAGCUCAUCGAGCAGGUGAUGAAGGAGGAAUACAAGCCUCAGCAAAAUGGGAUCUCUCCACGCAUGUUCAAAGCCUUUGUCAGCAAGAGUCACCCAGAAUUCUCCUCCAACAGACAGCAAGAUGCUCAGGAGUUUUUCUUGCACUUGGUGAAUCUGGUGGAGAGGAACCGCAUUGGCUCGGAAAACCCCAGUGAUGUUUUCCGGUUUUUGGUGGAAGACCGUAUUCAGUGCUGUCAGAGCCGCAAGGUCCGCUACACCGAGAGGGUGGGCUAUGUGAUGCAGCUGCCUGUGGCCAUGGAGGCGGCGGUCAACAAAGACGAGCUGAUUGCCUAUGAGCUAACCAGAAGGGAGGCAGAGGCAAACAGAAGACCCCUUCCUGAGUUGGUGCGAGCCAAGAUACCCUUCAGUGCCUGCCUCCAGGCCUUUUCUGAACCAGACAAUGUAGAUGAUUUCUGGAGCAGUGCUCUGCAAGCAAAGUCGGCGGGUGUGAAAACAUCUCGCUUUGCCUCAUUCCCUGAAUACUUGGUAGUGCAGAUAAAGAAGUUCACUUUUGGUCUUGACUGGGUUCCCAAAAAAUUUGAUGUUUCUAUCGAUAUGCCAGAUCUGCUAAACAUCAGCCAUCUCCGAGCCAGGGGCUUACAGCCUGGAGAAGAGGAACUUCCGGACAUCAGCCCCCCCAUAGUCAUUCCCGAUGACUCAAAAGAUCGCCUGAUGAACCAGCUAAUAGACCCCUCAGACAUUGAUGAGUCCUCCGUGAUGCAGCUGGCGGAGAUGGGCUUUCCCCUGGAGGCCUGCCGGAAGGCUGUGUACUUCACUGGAAAUAUGGGCGCCGAGGUGGCCUUCAACUGGAUCAUUGUACACAUGGAGGAGCCAGAUUUUGCCGAACCGCUGACCGUGCCUAUGUAUGGAGGGGCAGGAGCCUCUGUGUUUGGUGCUACUGGACUGGACAACCAACCUCCUGAGGAGAUCGUGGCCAUCAUCACCUCCAUGGGAUUCCAGAGAAAUCAGGCCAUGCAGGCUCUGCGAGCAACGAAUAACAACCUGGAAAGGGCACUGGACUGGAUCUUUAGCCACCCUGAGUUUGAAGAGGACAGUGACUCCGUGAUUGAAAUGGAGAACAAUGCCAACGCCAACAUCAUAUCUGAGGCCAAGCCUGAAGGGCCCAGGAUCAAGGAUGGACCCGGAAUGUAUGAGUUGUUUGCGUUCAUCAGUCACAUGGGAACGUCUACAAUGAGUGGCCAUUAUGUUUGCCAUAUCAAAAAGGAAGGAAGGUGGGUAAUCUACAACGACCACAAAGUCUGCGCCUCAGAAAGGCCCCCCAAAGACUUGGGUUACAUAUACUUCUACCGCCGGGUACCAAGCUAAGCCUCACGUACGAGGGUUGGUGAGAAGCCAUACGCCUUUUCAAUUUACCAAAAAAAGAAAAAAAGAAAAAAAAAAAAAAAAGCAAAGAAAAAAAGUUGGCCAAGAAGACACAGAGGAGGCUGUGGGCAUCUUUAAAGAACACUGUCACUCACAGCCUUCUGUCAUGGAAAAGAAGACGUGUCUAUCAGUGGUGAUGCUCUGCGUGGAUAGUUUUCACAGCCGUCUAAGGAGAGGGUGAUGUAAGCAACGGCACUGGCCACCAGCUCAUCAAAUAUGGGGCGCCCCUAUCCUCUGUUCUGCUUUGUGGUCAGUGGCAGUGGCCCCCAGAGAAAUAAGUCAAUGAGGCCAGUAGUGCAGCCCGCCACAAUAAAGAAAAUAGCCCACUUUUUUUUUUUUUUCACAGAAAUUUAGCACCUGGACUGCAUUUGAUUUAUGGCAUAUUUUUUUCAUUACCCACAAUAAUUUCUGAUCUAGCCCUGGAUAAUGGGUAUCUGCACUGAAAGCCAUUUUUUAAUUUAAAUCAUGGAAAUUCAUAAUACUGUCGUGUGAGUGUGUGAGACUGAGCGCAUGUUUGUAGUCCACUAGAAAUCAGAUGGGUUGCUUUUGGAAGGUUGAAUAGUUGGUAUUAAGCAUGUCCAGAAAAGGUAAGUAACUAUUUUAACAAAACUACAACUCAGGAACAAUGAAAAAGACUAGCUCCCAACUUCAGUUUUCAAGAGUACAAAGGGCUGAGCUGUCCCCUCUGAGCUGCCCAGCAGUCACAUGGGUCUGUGCCAUUUGACGGUAAUGCCAGACACGCAAGCCUCCUCAUGUUCUUUGCCAAAGGCAGAUGGGCUGUCCUCCCCAGCAGCCGACUCCCCCAGGCGUCAGUGUAUAGCUUUGGUCUGAUAGCUAAUCCCCUGGAAUCCUGUUAAAUGCCUCUAGUAUGUCAGUUUUCUGGUCUUUGUUACACCCCCCUUCUAGACUUUUCUGGAGCUGUUCUCACCUCUGCCCUCAUUCCCAUCUGCCCUGGCUCAUCAUGGAAUCCUGGGCACUUUAAGGAUUUCAGGUGCAGACACGCUUCUACGACAUCUGGAAAGCGUCCCUUCCAUUUGGUAGUUUUGGUGUUUGAGUUGCAGCUGGUGAUCAGAGCAGACUUUGGAUGUGCUAUCAGGUGGAUGAAAGCUCUCUAUCGUUUUCCUACUGUUUCUCACCAAGCUCAGGUCUCUGGAGUUUCUAGUUCAGAUCAGUCAGUCACAUGAAAAGGGAUUUAUUGCUGUCUGCUUAACAUGUAUUGUUUGAUGUAAAAGACCUUUCCAGAAACUGUAGAAAAAUAAAGAAGUAGAACUGUUUGGGUGAACUAAAACAGAGGCGUUGGGUUAGGAUGUGGUAAGUUUCAACAGUCAGGAUUCUGGUUGUGAUGGGGCCCUGUCUCAAGGAAGAUCCCAUGUGCCAUGUAAGCAUGGGCCAUGCAUGGAGCCUGGUCCUGGGCCCGGAAACCUGGGCACUGCAUGAACUGGCCAGGGACCUUGGACAAAUCCCUUCUCCUGCUCCCUGUGCCUUGCUGAUAGCUCCCCCUUUCCAGUGGAUUUGAUCAGAUUUUCGGAACCUUUACAGAGAAGCUCCAGUAGAAUAUGCCCCUUCCUUUCCCACUUAUCUGAUGCUUUUUUUCCACUUGGGAACAACCAAGGUGUCAGAGGGAGGGGCCCAUGGCAUAGGAAUUCCCUACUGCACGGCCCACUGCUGCCACUUCUAGUCUGGACUCGAGAUCCCACCUCUGUUACGCAUGUCUUUGACCCCUGUGGGAAUCCCCAUCCUACACAGCCUUGUAAAAUUCAGUCUCCUUCGGGCUGAGUGUCAUUGACUGCUGGUUUUCAGUAUUAUAAAGGGGGUCACUGGAGGUUUGGAUUAAAGUAUGGACAGAGAUAGAAUGUAUAUUUUGAGCAAAAUAAAAAUUUUAUAAUAAAAAUUUGCAAGAUCAAUGGUGUACUCCACAUUUAAGAUUAUAGGCUAUAAAUUAAUUUCACUAGGUAGAACAAGCAAAUUAGGCCUUCUGAUGCCAAGAUACACUGUCAGAAAGUGUAAGGCGGCUGGCUUUUUUCUGCCUUGAGCAAAAGGGCUGUUUCAAGGCAGUUUUGCUUCUAUCCUUUCUGUAUUACAGACUGAGGCUUGGAAGGACAGGAACAGCGACUCUCUUUGUUGCUUAAAAAUGUACCUACAUGUGUCUCCCAGUGUCUGCAAGGCAGGCAUCUUUGGAAUGGGGGUGUGGAACGUGCUCCUUAAUUUUACAUGUGUGUGGUCAACACUGCUGUGACUGAAAACUGGAAGAAUGUGUGGGUUGUGUCAGCUCAUCCCCUGCGAGGAGUCCUCUGUGUGAGGCCUGGUGGUGUAACCGUGUAAUUCUCACUGUGUGUAGGUAUCUGUGUGAAAGACAGAGCGUUCUUCCUGUAAAUAUCUUCUCACAGUCAUUUGUGUACACUCCCAAUGUGUCUUUGGAAAGUGAAUCAAGGUUUUAAUUUUGUCAGUUGGUCCAAGCACCCAGAUAACUACUCAGAAAUCCAAUUUGGUGCAGACAGGAUUUUUCUUUUAAAGAAAAAAAGAAUCUUGGCAGAAUCAUGUUCUAAUGACGUUUUACAUCCAUGUUGCUUUAGUAUCUGGAGUGGCCUGUUUCCUCAAACCUACAAGAGAAUGUGCGUGCUGGUCUCCCUCUGCACCCCUGGGGCCCCUGUGGUGUCUCUUCCCUGAGCUUCAGCGUCACACCUGGGCUCAUCUGCCCCACUGACGUUACCUCCUUGGCUUUUGUCAUACAUUCUGGAAAGUCCCAUCCUGCCCUGCCACUCCAUUCUGUCAUUUUCCUGUGGUUCUUAGCAGGGUCAGACAUGGGCUGGGCGGUCCCUCGGAGGCUGUUUUAGCUUUCUCACUUCCUGUCAGUCCUGUCACAGUUCCCAACCCGUUUCUGUUUCUGUUCCACUUUCUUUGGUCAUCCCGUUUUCCCUGCAAAGCAGAGACAACAAUUCAUGUAAGUCACCCUCUUGGAACAGUCUAAACUUCCUUCAGCUAAGUCUAACAUCUACAGACUGUUUUAAAGCCCCAAGUCCGUUGUAGAUAGCUGUGAUCCCCAGGUAGACACUGAUGAUGUUGUCUGUCCCAGAAAGGUUGUUUCCACCAUCAGUCAUCAUAGACCCGGGUCCAGGACAUCUGUGAGGAGCUGACAGGGGACACGGGCAGCACAGGGGACGGGAUUAUAUAUAAUGUGCUUCUGUCUGUUAAGUGGACUCCCAGGAGACAGAACAAGGCCUGUGUUCUUCAGUCUGUAGCUAGGACCACAAUGGCUGUCAUAGGAUUGCCCACUCAGCAAGUCACCUCCGACUUUGCAGAAGAUUCUGUGGCCCUUCAGUGUGGUGGCAGAUGGCCCUUUGAGAUUUGGCCACUUCAAACUAAGAUUGUCCCGCACACAUAAAAUACAUGUUAGAAUACAAAUAUCCCACCUCUGUUUUAUGCUGAGCACAAAUGGUGUGGGAUAUAUUGAUUAAACGGAACAGCCUUUGUAUAGCUACCGAGAAGUACAGCAUCAGAUCUUUGCUAAGGUGCCUCUGUUAGUGUGUGCUGUGUGUCUGCUGUUAAGCAGGUGGUGAAGUGUCAUGGGCAGGAAGGGAAUUUUGCAGCAACACAGUAGAUAUUUUGUCUAGAGUUAGGAGCAUGUAAAGCACUGGAUGCUGCCCCCUCCCCCUGAAAUCACAGGACUUUUCUGCCUUAAAAAGAUGUACCUCCCCAACUUAAAAACCAAAGCAAGGGUGUCCCCCAUGGCUGUCCGUCAGCUGGGCACUGGAGCUGCUCUGUGUCUUGUCACUUGUUUCCCAGCAUCCCCUGGGGCCAGGGCUUAGGCACCCUGGUUAUUGGUCUCAUCUCAAGCAACAUUCUCUUCUGGUUUCCCUCCCUGGGUGUUGUGUUCACAGCUGGGCAAGUGAGAAUGCUGUGUGACUCUCACUGCUCCCCCGCCAUGGGCCGAGGCUGAGCCCGUGGCCUGCCACCUGCCCAGCGGGUUUGAUGUCUGUUCCCAAAAGACUUGGUAUUUUAUUUUAUUUUGCUGUUGUCACAGUUGUUUAAGCUAUCUCAAGUGUUUGGGGAGAGUAUUUGCCUGUGAUGGGAAGAGAGAUGGAUGAUUUAUUGCUUUGAUAGUUUUAAAUUAAAAGCUAUUCUCACAAA